CAUAUAUAAUUAGGUAAUUAAAUAUGGCGGCACCGAGUGUGCAAAACAUCUAUAGGGUUCGUAUCUAAACUCAUCUUUCUUGCAUCAAAGGUCUUGACAGCCUAUCAGCAUGGUUCUUCGCUGGGGAAUUUGUGGUGCUGGGUUAAUCUCAAGCGAUUUUGUCUCGUCCGUCUUAGCCCCUCCAAGUAAUGUCCAUGAGGUUGUUUGCAUUGGUGCUAGGUCCAUGGAAAAAGCACAGAAAUUCGCAGACAAGUUUGGAAUAAAGAAAGCAUAUGACUCUUAUGAAGAAGUUGGCAAUGAUCCAGAUGUUGAUAUUGUAUACAUUGGUGUAAUACAUACUUUCCAUGUGGCUGUGUCCAAGCAGAUGUUAAAAGCAGGGAAGAAUGUUCUGUGUGAAAAACCAAUGGCUGCUAAUCUUGCGCAGGUGCUAGAGGUCCAGCAGGUGGCCAGAGAAUGUAAAAAGUUCUUCAUGGAGGCAGUUUGGAGCAGGUGCUUUCCGGUUUAUCGUAAAAUCAAGGAAGAAGUGCGGUCUGGAAAUUUAGGAGAAAUCCAACAUGUUGAGGUUCAGUUCUGUUUUCCAAUUAACAAAGUGGAUCGUAUAGCAAAACCUGAACUUGGGGGAGGUGGUUUACAUGACCUUGGCGUUUACCCCAUACAACUGGCUGCCAUGAUAUAUAACAACGAAAAACCCCAAAAAAUCACAGCUGAUGGCACUCUGUCAGAUCUAGGAGUUGAUCAAGAUGGUUGUAUUACCUUGACAUAUAAGAAUGGUGGAAGAGCUGUGUUAACCUACAGCACACUGUUUACAGGAAAGAACCAAGCCACAAUAUAUGGUUCUAAAGGAGUUAUAAAGCUGGAGGAAACUUUCUGGUGUCCACGAGAAGCCACUCUGCCAUCUGGUAAAGUUAGCAAUGAAAUACCAACUGGUCCAGUACCAUAUAAUUUUCCCAAUGGUGGAGGUCUACGGUUUGAGGCGGAUUGUGUGAAGGAAUGUCUUGAAGCAGGCAAGCUAGAGUGCAGUGAGGUGUCAUUCGCUGACAGCCAAGCUUUGUAUCACAUUAUCGAUGAAGUUGUGAAGCAGUAUGGGAUGAAUGUGAAAUGGUGAAUGAUGUUAAUUUCUGAAUUGGAUUCGGUGAUACCAAUAGUGUUACACCCAAUCAAUAUUGUGAUAACUGCAGCAUCAUUUGGUCUAAAGGUUAUACAUAUUGGACAUAGGCUAGUGGUGGUGUGGUGUAGUGUAUAUUGACUACGGUACUUUUUCUUAAGGAGGAGCAACACUUUAUCACAAUUUUUUUUCAAUUGGUAAAUUGCAAAAAUAAAUUCAGAAAUAUGUAUCUGUCCUUUUAAAUUUCUUCACCUGUCUGGUUAAGUAUUUGGAUUAAAUAAUUAAGCUGAUAAUCUGUAGAUUGUACAUUUGAAUAUAGCAGGAUUUAAAUUUUUUUUAAUGAUUUUAUGAUGAUUUACUAUGUGAUGCUACAUGUAAAUACCACAACAAUAUUACACUCAUACCUCCUUAAUGAAAAGUAUCAGAGGGUGCUAAUUUCAUUUACUGUGAAAGUGCUACUUCAUCAUUUGUGAUUUACAAUUUAUGAGAUCUCCUUCCAUUUGAAUGUAUAAUUUGUAAACUUACUUUGAUCCAGAUAUAAGUAGAAAUAUGCCAUGUUCUUUGGGAUUAUUUUACACAUUUGUGUCGCAGACUAUUGUCUGUAUAAUCUGUCUCUCUAUAUUCAUAUUAGCAUUAAAAUAUUCAUAGGAUUCUACA